AUGAAUAUCCAAGAGUCCAUUUAUAAGCAGAAAUCUAUGGUUGAUUGGAUUAAGCUAGGGGAUUCAAAUUCUCACUACUUCUUUUCUGUUAUGAAGCACAGGCAAGGUAGAAAUAGAAUUGAUUCUAUCUUUACUGAAGAUGAUUUCCAUUUGAAAGAUCCUGAUCUUAUUGAAAAUGAGAUUGUGGGAUUCUAUAAAGGGCUCCUUGGUUCUAGUGCUAGCUCUCUCCCUGCUGUUUAUUUAGCCACUUUUAGGAUAGGUUCUCAACUCAGCUCUUGUUCUAUUGAUAUUUUGUCUUCUGUGGUUACUACUUCUAAGAUUGAUAGUGCUCUAGCUCAGAUUGGUGAUGAUAAGGCGCCGGGAAUCGAUGGUUUUAAUGCUAUUUUCUUCAAAAAGGCUUGGCCUAUGAUCAAAACUGAUAUCUAUACUGCUAUCUUCUCUUUCUUUGAGACUAGUGUCAUUGCUAAGUAG